AUAAUAAGGAUAGGUUAGAAGCGAUCGAACCCCGUGUCUAGUUGUGUCGAGGUUGAAGGUUAUGUUUCUCUCUCCCGUGUGUAUACAUAUUUCGAGGAAGUGGACGAGACAAAGUGGCUCGGUCGUAUUUAUUUACGUGUUACGUUACGCGGCGAGCGAAUGACGUAAGCGUGAGUGUGACUCGAGCGAGUCAUGUGCAAAUUUAAAGCAUGGUUAUCACGCAACGAAAGAUGAAGCAGGUUGCGAUCUUUGGGGUUUGCGUAUUAUUAGCAGUCUUGGGUUUUUAUAAAACUCUCGUGACUACCGAAGAGGAAAGAUCUUUCGGCCGCGGUCGACAUCGCGCCCUCGUCAGCGGAGAUAAGAUCAAUUUGGACGUCAGAAACGAAAACGUCGUCGAAGCAGCGACUGAAAAGAUUCGCGACGUCGAGGAUGAGCCAUCGGACGGGGACAUCAAGAACAUCGAGGAGGCGAAGAUUCGCAUUCGCGAGCUGGAGGGUAAGCUGCAACACCUGGAGGCGGCGAUCAAGAAUGGGGUUGCCAAGGACUUCCCGACCGUGAAGUUCCUGAAUUACAAGAACCGGAAGCGAAUACUUGUUACUGGCGGCGCGGGUUUCGUCGGCUCCCACCUGGUGGAUCGUCUGAUGCUCGCCGGACACGAGGUGAUAGUCGUCGACAACUUCUUCACCGGCAGGAAGCGAAACGUCGAGCACUGGGUGGGUCACGAGAACUUCGAGCUGGUGCAUCACGAUAUUGUGAGGCCGCUGUACCUGGAGGUCGAUGAGAUAUAUCAUCUCGCCAGUCCGGCCAGUCCGCCGCAUUACAUGUUAAAUCCGGUGAAGACCAUCAAGACGAAUACAUUGGGAACCAUAAACAUGUUGGGAUUGGCGAAACGAGUCGGCGCGCGAGUAUUAAUUGCGAGUACGUCGGAAGUAUACGGAGAUCCUAAUGAACAUCCACAGGCAGAAACCUACUGGGGUCAUGUAAAUCCUAUCGGUCCACGAGCUUGCUACGACGAAGGAAAACGAGUCGCCGAAACAUUGAGCUACGCUUAUAUGAGACAAGAAGGUGUCUCGGUCCGAGUAGCACGAAUUUUUAAUACCUUCGGACCCAGAAUGCACAUGAAUGACGGUCGCGUCGUAUCGAACUUUAUCCUCCAAGCUUUGCAAAAUAAUUCAAUUACAAUUUACGGCAGUGGAAAACAGACGCGAUCGUUUCAAUAUGUUUCCGAUCUGGUAGACGGAUUAGUAACGUUGAUGGCAUCUAAUUAUACCUUGCCUGUGAAUAUCGGAAAUCCUGUGGAGCAUACAAUCGAAAAAUUUGCGCGCAUAAUUAAAAAUUUGGUGGGUGCUACUAGUGAGAUAAUUGAACUCGCGGCAGUCGAAGACGAUCCGCAGAGAAGAAGACCGGAUAUCAGUAGAGCCAAAAAAUAUUUGAAUUGGGAACCAAAGGUUCCUUUGGCCGAAGGCCUCAAGAAAACUAUUAUAUACUUUGCUAAAGAAUUACAAAGGACAAAACAUUCUCAAAAAAGCAGUUUUAAACAGUCUUCUUAUAAAAAUGAUCAUGAUAUAGUAGAACAACUUUAGAGGAUCAAGUGUAAUGAUACGUUUAAUGUAUCCACUUUCAAAAGUGGCGUGAAAGUGCCAUUAAGCUAUGGACCAGUUUGUGCCAAAAAAAAUCCCCGUCCAAUUUGAAUUUUACAUAAUUUACAUAGCAAUCGAUGUACAAUUAUACGCUCAGCUUAUUAAUCAGUCUCUUAAAUUUUUUCCUAUUAAUAUAUGCAAUGUUCCUCGUAGUAAUAAUUUAAAUUUAAUUUGU